GCUGUCGCUGUUACAGUCGCAGUCGCUGUACUUGCCGCGUUUUUGCCGACGCGUUUUUAUCGAACGUUUGUGUGAAACGAAAGUUGACGCGUUGGAUUUCGAUUAGUGUUAAGAUGCCACAACGAACGCCAAGUCCCGUUUCAAUGAUUGCCACGCGUAGCUGCAGCAGUCCUGCCGUAUCCGAAAUUUCAGUGGGUUCGCCCAGUCCACCGCCGCUAGCCAUGCGCCCACUCAAUAUCAAGAGGCUGCGUCUCCUGCACAGCCCAGCCACGCUUCGCAAGGGAUCGGGGUCAGGGUCGGGGCCGGGAGCGGGACCGGGGGCAGGUGAGCGCAUCAAAAGCUUCUCCAUAGCCGAUAUAUUGGGUCAAGUGGAUGAACGUAAGUCCGAGGAGCGUUUACAACCAGCAGCAUUGGUGGCGCCACCUGCAACAGUUAUUGCUGCCCCAGCACCUAGCUUACUGCAGCAUCCCGGCUUGCAUCCGUUUCUGCCGCCCGCACUGCUGCACAGCUAUGAACAGCGCUUGGCCUGGGACUAUCAGCGCCAGCUGCAGGAGCACUUCCAGGCGCAGCUGCUGCGCCAAAUGAGCAUGGAUCCCGCCAUAAUACCGAUACCAUCCGAUGAUGGCAGCUCCGAUCGCUCGCAGCGCUCCCACAGCAGUAGCAGCAGCAGCAACGGCAGCACCGACUGCUGCACGACGCCCAACCAAAGCAAAGAGGAGACAACGAAGCAUGGCCAGCAACACCAGCAGCAGCAGCAGCAGCAACAUACGCAGCAACAGAAGCAGCAGCAGCUGAAGCAGGCAGCAGGCGCUGAUACGCCACUCGACGCGCUUUUCCAGCUAUCGACCAAAAACUUCGAUGAGGAGCAGGAUCCCGCCACGCUGAACAUCUUUGCGACCAGAUCGAACCCGAAGAAGAAGCGCAAGUCUCGCACCGCAUUUACGAAUCAACAGAUCUUUGAGCUGGAGAAACGUUUCCUCUAUCAGAAGUAUCUCUCGCCCGCAGAUCGAGAUGAGAUCGCCGCCGGCUUGGGUCUAUCCAAUGCGCAGGUUAUCACCUGGUUCCAAAAUCGACGCGCCAAGCUGAAACGCGACAUGGAGGAGCUGAAAAAGGAUGUGCAGAGCGUGAAACAAUUACCCGACCAGUCAGCAGAUCGCCCGCCCCCGCAGCAUCCCCAUCAAAGCACUAGCGGCGCCAGUGGCAGCAGCAGCCGGGAUAAGGAGGAGCUGCGCAUGCUCAAGAUGAUGACCCUGAUGCGCUACUCUGAUGGGAAGCUGCUCUACCCCCAGCCGGAGUUACAUUAACUGAAGAUUAGCCCAAUUUGUAAAUUGCUAAAGUGAAACACACACUCGCACACACACACACACACCCACAUU